AUGGGUAAAUCAUUGAAAACAUUUGGGUUGGAUCAUCUGAGCUAUAAUGUCAGUGACGAAUUUAGGAAAACGAGAGAUAUAGAAAAUGCUUUAAAUACACCUAUUCUAGAAGAAUAUAUAAACUCAAGAGCACGAUUGAAUGCAGCUCAAUUGAAAGCAUUUGAUGUCAUAAUGAAUCACGUCAAUGAGGGAAAAGGAGGUACUUUUCUUAUUGAUGGACCAGGUGGCACGGGUAAAACAUUUUUAUACAAUUGUUUAUAUGCAGAAAUUCGAAUGAUGAAUAAAAUUGUGCUGCCCACUGCGUCAUCUGGAAUAGCCACAUCAAAUCUACCUUCAGGCAGAACAGCUCAUUCAAGAUUUAAAAUACAUGUUGAUCAUGAGAGUUGUUUUACAUGUGACGUGCCAAAACAAGGUAGUUUAGCACAAUUAUUAAAGGAGACAACUUUGAUUAUCUGGGAUGAGGCUUUUAUGGCGAAUAAGGCGAAUUUACAAGCACUUGAUUUGCUGUUGCAAGAUAUAUGUGAAAAUACAACACUUUUUGGUGGUAAGCUUAUCAUUUUCGGUGGAGAUUUUAGGCAAGUUUUACCAGUUGUACCCCAAAAGUCGUUAAGACAGGCUGUUGAAUCGAGCAUUGUUGCUUCAUAUAUCAGGCCAUCUUUGAAAAGAUUCAAGUUAAUGGAAAAUCAGCGAGCUCGUGAAGAUCCAACAUUUUGUGCGUUUUUGUUGUCUCUUGGUAAUGGUGAAUUACAAACAAAUGAGUAUGGAUAUGUAGAACUUCCUGAUGGAAUGAUACAUCAUUUGGAGAUUGAAAAGGACCCCAUUUUGGAGAUUAUAAAAGCUACUUUGCCAGAAGUUGAGAAAGGAACGAUUACAUCAGAUAUCUUUGCAGAUAGAGGAAUUUUAACUCCGAUGAAUGAUGAUGUGGAUAUGGUAAAUUCAGUUUUGAUUGAGCACUUCCAAGGAAAUAAAGUGGUUUAUAAGAGUUUUGAUGCAAUGCUCAAUGAUACUUGCAAUAUCUAUCCAUCAGAGUUUAUAAAUAAGCUUUGUCCAGGAGGAAUGAGUCCUUAUGAGCUUGUUCAUAAAAAGGAUUGUCCUGUGAUUUUGUUACGUAAUAUAAUGCCUUCGAAUGGUCUCUGUAAUGGGACAAGAUUGAUUUGCAAGAUUUUUCGGCCCAACGUUAUUAUUUGUGAAAUUUAUGUUGGUCAAUAUAAAGGAAAAACUAUUUUUUUGCAUCGAGCAACUUUACGCCCUCCAACAAAUAGUAGAUAUCCAUUCACUUUUGAAAGGAAACAGUUUCCAAUUAAAUUAUGUUUUGCUAUGACGAUUAAUAAGUCACAAGGACAAACACUGAAUUAG